CAUGAGCAUAUUUUAAUACAUGUUUAGGUUAAGUUCAUUAUUGGAAAAUAGGAGUUUUUUCAUUGCAGCAAACAAAAGUCCUUUCACAGUAUUGGUCAUGGGCCGUUCAAAUCCCCAAAUGCUGAAACUCCUCUGAGGGAUGCGCUGAAACGAGAGGACUAAGAAUAAAAAAAAACAGCGAUGAAGUGGAGAUGCGGAAAGGCAAAGGGGACGCUCUCAGGUGUGUGUCCGUCCCCGGGCGGUCCCUUUCUCCGCACCGCUUUGGUCCGGCGGGUACUGCCGCGAGUCCUAGUGUGAGUAAGUCCGUCCUGGAUAUCCGCGCAGGUGCGGGGAGGCGCCCAGGUGGGCUGUCCCAGGCCAGGUUCCCGGGGAAGCUCUCCGGGAAGCGUCCGGAGUGACAAGGGACCCACCGGGACCCCACCACGGGCCGCAGCCGAGCGCGCGCCGCCGACGGUGGGGGUGGGGCCGGCGCCCAGGCCACCCGGUUACCUGGCGACAGGAUGCCCUGCGCGGGGCGGCGGAGCGGGUGCGUGAGGCAGCGGUUGCGAGAGAGAUGAGCCGCGGCGAUGAGCCCGGAAAAGCAGCACCAGGAAGAGGAUGAAGUUGACUCCGUUCUCCUUUCAGCGUCCAAGAUCCUAAAUUCUUCGGAGGGGGUGAAGGAAAGUGGCUGCAGUGACACAGAAUAUGGCUGCAUAGCAGAAUCAGAAAAUCAAAUCCAACCACAAUCAGCAUUGAAAGUCCUUCAGCAACAGUUGGAAUCAUUUCAGGCUUUGCGAAUGCAGACUUUGCAGAAUGUCAGCAUGGUACAGUCGGAAAUCAGUGAAAUAUUGAAUAAAAGUAUUAUUGAAGUAGAAAACCCACAAUUUAGCUCAGAAAAAAAUCUGGUGUUUGGCACGCGCAUUGAAAAGGAUUUGCCUACAGAGAAUCAAGAAGAAAACCUUUCUAUGGAGAAAAGUCAUCAUUUUGAGGAUUCCAAGACACUUCAUUCAGUGGAAGAAAAAUUAAGUGGUGUUAGUGUGAACAGUCUCCCUCAAAGUGUAAAUGUUCCAUCCCAGAUACAUUCCGAGGACACAUUAACUCUGAGAACUUCAACAGACAAUUUAUCUUCAAACAUAAUUAUACACCCUUCAGAAAAUUCUGACAUCUUGAAGAAUUAUAAUAACUUUUAUCAUUUUCUACCUACUGCACCUCAAAAUGUGAUGUCUCAAGCUGAUACAGUAAUUCUGGAUAAAUCCAAAAUUACUGUGCCUUUUCUCAAGCAUGGAUUUUGUGAAAACUUAGAUGACAUUUGCCAUUCUAUCAAACAAAUGAAAGAAGAGCUUCAAAAGUCACAUGAUAGGGAAGUGGCACUUACAAAUGAACUUCAGACUUUACAAACUGAUCCAAAUGUUCACAGGAAUGGUAAAUAUGACCUGUCCCCUAUUCACCAGGAAAAAAUGAACUUUAUUAAGGAAGAAAACAUGGACGGUAACUUAAAUGAAGACAUAAAAUCAAAGAGAAUUUCAGAAUUAGAAGCAUUAGUGAACAAAUUACUCCCCUUCAGGGAAACAGUGUCAAAAUUCCAUGUGCAUUUUUGUAGAAAAUGUAAAAAGUUAUCUAAGAGUGAAACACACAGGGGAAAGAAAAAUGAGAAAAACAAUAAAGAAAUUCCCAUCACUGGCAAAAAUAUUACAGAUUUAAAAUUCCAUUCCAGAGUUCCAAGAUACACACUGUCCUUCCUCGACCAAACAAAACAUGAAAUGAAAGACAAAGAAAGACAACCAUUUCUAGUAAAACAAGGAUCAAUAAUAUUUGAAAAUGAGAAAACUUCCAAAGUUAAUUCCGUUACUGAGCAGUGUGUUGCAAAAAUUCAGUACUUACAGAAUUACCUAAAAGAAUCUGUGCAGAUACAGAAAAAAGUAACGGAACUGGAGAGUGAAAAUCUAAACCUUAAGUCCAAAAUGAAACCUCUUAUCUUUACCACACAAUCUCUCAUACAGAAAGUUGAAACAUAUGAAAAGCAACUUAAGAAUCUGGUUGAAGAAAAGAGUACUAUUCAGUCUAAGUUAAGUAAAACAGAAGAAGACAGCAAAGAGUGUCUUAAAGAGUUAAAAAGAAUGAUUAGUAAAUAUAAUGUUCUGCAAGGCCAAAAUAAAACUCUAGAGGAAAAAAAUAUGCAACUUUCUUUAGAGAAGCAACAAAUGAUGGAAGCAUUAGAUCAACUAAAAAGUAAGGAACACAAAACUCAAAGCGAUAUGGCCAUUGUCAAUAAUGAAAAUAAUCGAAUGAGUAUAGAAAUGGAAGCAAUGAAAACCAAUAUUCUGUUGAUACAAGAUGAAAAAGAAAUGUUAGAAAAAAAAACACACCAGCUUCUAAAAGAAAAAAGCUCACUUGGAAAUGAACUAAAAGAAAGCCAGCUAGAGAUAAUGCAGCUAAAAGAGAAAGAAAGAUUGGCAAAAACGGAACAAGAGACACUUCUUCAAAUGAUAGAAACGGUUAAAGAUGAAAAACUCAACCUUGAAACAACAUUACAAGAAUCUACUGCUGCCAGACAAAUUAUGGAAAGAGAAAUUGAGAAUAUUCAAACCUACCAAUCUACUGUUGAAGAGAAUUUUCUGCAAGAAAUAAAAAAUGCAAAAUCAGAAGCAAGUAUUUAUAAGAAUAGCUUGUCAGAAAUUGGCAAGGAAUGUGAAAUGUUAUCAAAAAUGGUAAUGGAAACCAAAACAGAUAAUCAGAUUCUAAAAGAAGAACUAAAGAAACAUAGUCAAGAAAAUAUAAAAUUUGAAAACAGCAUCAGUAGACUUACUGAAGACAAAAUACUUUUAGAAAAUUAUGUAAGAAGCAUAGAAAAUGAAAGGGAUGCCUUGGAAUUUGAGAUGCGGAAUCUUCAACGAGAAUAUUUAAGUUUAAGUGAUAAAAUUUGUAGUCAGCAUAAUGACCCUUCAAAAACAACUUAUAUUUCAAGAAGAGAGAAAUUCCAUUUUGACAACUCUACUCACAAAGAUACUUCUAGUCCUCGGAGUAACUGGCCUUUGGCUUCGGAUUUGAAAGGUUAUCUCAAAGUUAAAGACAGAACUCUCAAGCAUCAUUAGGAUUCCUCACGAUUGCUAAGAAACUCCCUUCGAGAAAUAGCCAAUGUUAAUUGUACUGCUAACUGAACUAUGAAUAUCUAACUAGUCUCAAAUAACUCCUAACGAGGCGCUACAGAUUUGCUUUAAAAAUUAUGCACAAAAUGGUUUGGUGCCGAAAACUUCAGCUUUUCCAGCUGGGAAUUUCAGAAGAUGGGGGAGAACUUCUACAAGGGAGGGCAGGUACCUGCACAUGGAAGGAGCUGAGAUGUCUAAAGUCACCCACAUUUGUCAUUUAAAAAAGUAAUAUAUAAAUAAAUGAUACUAUUUUGAAGAAGGAUAAAA